CAUAGAACUUUGAACUUGAAAGGGAAUGAGCCCAAGACCAGCCAAACGCUAACGUGUCCAGCCAGACCGUCGAGUCCCUUUUUCUGUUAAAAGCCGUGACUGCUUACAGGAAAGUGGCAAUUUAAAAAAAAAAAGAAAGAGAUGAAGGCAAGCUGUUCAGAAACUUGGAAGGCUGCAAACGGGACGGCUUGAGAGCCCGAGGAGGAGAGGAGGGACGCUAGGGCGCACUGGCCAGCGUCCAGCUGUGCAACAGGCGCGCUGGCUUUUAACCGAGUGCGUUCUUGGACGCGGUUUGCCGGCUCCAGCUUGACUUGGGUGUUGUUUUCUCUCUCGUCCAGGGAGCUGCAGGAUGGUGUAAAAUAAGGCACUCCCGGAAGCCACAGUUUGGCAGCCCGGGGCGCACACGCUCACUUGGAACGAUGAUGAUUCUUGUGCUGCCUCUUCUUUAAACCCAGGCCAGCCCCUGGGGCAGGGGCAUCCGUGGAAGGGCGGUCACUAGCCGUGGCCUCCGACUCUGGGGACCUCUGAUGCUUGGGCAUGACCCAUCGGGAAGUCCUUCCGCGGGACUGGAGCGAGCCUGAUGUCCGAGGAAGAUGUGGGGAAAGAAGAGAGACACGCAUUCUUCAUGCUGACAGUCACCUCGCUGCUAUGACUUUCUGGACGACGUGGACCGCGGCCAAGGGCAGCUGAACUGGACAUGGUCUGUCGUCCAGGGUUCCUCUGUCGUCGGCGAUUUUGCCCCCGGCCCUUCUUGGUGGGCUUGGUAGUGGCAGUCUGUCUUUUCUACCAGACUCUGACCCUCCGAGGGACAAGGAAGCUCGCAGCCUCGGUCCCCCGGGCUGGCCCCCACACACCCACCCCGACUCAGGCCAGAGGCUGCAAGCAAAGUCCCUCGCUGGACAGACCGUGCUUCCCUCUCCCUGUCAAUGCAGAGGAAAUCAGAAAGAUCAAGGAAUUGGUCGAAACGCAUUUUGGCAGCCAUGACAGAAGAGCUGUGCUCUACCGGCCUCCCUCCUACAGCAAGAUGGAACUGCAUCUCCACCAGCACAUACUUACUCAGCAUCGCUAUGCAGUUGUCACGACUGAAGAGCAGCUUCGUGAUGGCUUUGGGCUGGGCCAGUUUGACAAAGGUUAUUUAAACUCCUGGGAUCUGCUUAUUUGCCUGUCUUCUAGACAAGCUGGUGGAAAAUACUGCAUAUCCAAGGAAGAUAUGUGCCUUUUAGGGUUACAUCAAAAGGUAAACAUAUUGCCAGAAAUACAGCACCAGCUUUGCAGAAAGGAAGGAUUAUGUCAAAUAAUUAGAAGAUUUCCUGAAUUGCAACUCCUGGUGAACCUCUCUGCGUGUCUGGACCAGCGCGUGCUACUCAGGCAGAGUGCUCCGUAUCAUGAGAGUGCUCCACAGCAGAACGCUCCGCAUCAGCCGGGUGCUCCACAUCACCUUUUAAGAGCGGGGAAGCCUCAUACGUGGAAACUCGCGGACUGGAGACAGGAACAGCUGAAUCAAACAACCGUCCUUUCUCCAAGGGAAGUGAUCUUUAGAGCUGAAGACCUAUCUGUGAUUCUUAAGGCAUACGUGUUGGUAACAUCUUUAACACCUUUGCGUGUGUUCAUUCAUUCGACCGGCACAGUUUGGAAUCCACCAAAGAAAAAACGCUUCAAUGUCAAGUUACAAGCAUUUUUUGAGACAUUCCUGAAAGCCAGUUCUCCUCUUCAAGCUUUUGAUAAUAUGAAAGAAGCAAUCAUCAAACUCUUGCUAGCUGCUGAAGUCUUCAGUGAAACUUCUGCUCUGGGACCAAAGGCCUUUAAGAGAUGCAGAACGUGUUUUCAACUUUUAACUUUUGAUAUUGGUUACAACAGUCUCAAGUCCCAGGUAGUACUCAAGGUGCAUGAACAUUUAAAUGUUCAAUAUGAUGAUAGUAUGGUUUUUGAGGACCAAAGCACAGAAGAAUUCCUUUUAAAAGAUACUUACAAUUUUCUCUUUUCUAAUGAGUCUUCACUAGCUAUGUUUUCUGAGAUAUUUCAGAGACUUUACAGAUCUGGUAUAUUUAAGGGUGAAAAUUAUCAAAAGAAGCUAAAUCAAUGCCUGAACUUAGUGGAGAUUAACUCAAUUAUGACUUUCAUAAAAGAACUUGGGAAUCUGGGACAAUUCCAACUGCUCUUUCCCACUACUAGCCCCGGGAUGCAAUCUUUGAUACAUGAAUUUUAUGAUAUGGCAAAUCCUUUAGGAAAAACUGCUUCAAUCCUGACCGAGUACUGGUUUCUUCUCAAUGUAUUUGAAGAAUUUCAGCUCCUGCAUAAAACAGCAAAGCUACAACCAAAGGAAUGGAAUUCUUACCUGGAGGAUGAGAACAUUGAAAAACCACAGGGUCCAUUUGAUGAAACUGAAAAGAAAAAAGUCCCACAGAUUAUGAAUGAAGUCCAAGGAAUACAUUGUAGUAAUGAUAAAGACACACAAUGUCAUAUCAAGCAGAUCUUCACACAUCCACGUUUGGAACUAAAUCCUGAAUUCAACCUGAAGAUCAAAGAUUAUUACUCUGAAGUCCCAUUUGAUGUGGUAACAGUGACAAUUGGAGCAGAAGCUUCUAAGUGCCAGUGCAAAGUGUACCUGCUUGAACGGGGAGGGCCAAGCUUUGCCAACUAUUCCCUAGGCUUGGGAACUAACACAAUCUCAAUGCUGUUGGUAGAUGAAUCUUCCCCACAGUUUGAGACCCUCAUCACGUAUAAACUCACCAUCUAUCGAGAGGAUCGUCCAAGUCUACCUUUGUUUGAAGACUUCACAGCCUGUGGCUUUGUUCAAGAUUGUGGUUUGCUGAUUCAUCCAAAUGAAGCCUGCGGGUUGCAGUCUAUUUCCUCUGACUACAUUGAAGCCAUUUCACAGCCUGAAUUAAAGAUUUGUCCAUCUGGGGACACAAAAGGUCAAUGGAUUGUGCCUUGCCUUAGCUGUUCAGACAACAGGACUUGUGACUGGAGAGAAGUAACGUGGCAGCCACACAAUUGCCAAUAUGGUGUCGUAACCAAGCCUCAGCUCCAGCAGUGCCUGGGAGGAAGGAAGAUCCUGUUUAUCGGAGAUUCAACCAACAGAGGGAUGAUGUACUAUCUGAUCGAAAGGCUGAAUGAAACCUUGCAGGAAUGGCAGAAAGUGCACGGCACUAAAGUGUAUCAUAACGUCAACGGUGGGAAGACUUUGGUCAGUUAUUCCUACUACCCCCAGUUCUGGAUAAGUCCUUCCUUGAGACCAACAUUUGAAAAAGCGCUGGAAUAUCUCUUGCACAGAUCACGUCCUCUGGAGAAUACCAGCCGGACUGUAUUGGUGGUUGGUGGUGUUCAGUGGCUUAAUUCCCAUCACCUACAAAUUAUUCACAAGGUUCUGAAGAGGGAAAAUUUGCUCAAUAUCCUGGUUAUCAUCAAAACUUUGGGAAUUGGCUUCCACUUACCCGUUGAUGGAGUGCAUUUCUUAACACAGGGUGAAGUCCGGAACUUAUGGAAAGAAAAUGUCAUUAUUCUGGAUGCUGCAAAAAAGUAUGGCUAUGAAGUGGUUGACACGUUCAGUAUAACAAUGGGACGAUACAAAGAGUUUUUGCAGGGGAAGUGUGGGUGUCACUUCCAUGAGGUCGUGAAAUCAAAGUUAGCCACAGAAUUUCACUUCAUUAAAAUGAAACUAUCAAGAAAUCAUACGGUGGGAAAAUAUUUCAGCAAUCAAAGCAAACUCCAGCAAGACUCAGUGAGAAAUUUUCAAUCACCCUAUCAUGUCAGAGGUCCAGUUAAUCAAGUUUGCUCUGAAAUCCUUCUCAGCAGAAUGUGUGCACGUGAAAGAACUGUGGAGACUCCAGAAAGAUGAUGGAAGUUGGAAAUAAGGACACCUCCUCACCUGGACUCUGGUCUAGGAAUCAAAUUACCACACUCGUGCACACUAUCCUUCGCUGAUGCCCUCACCACACACUUGGAGUAUUUCAGUAGCCAUAAUAAUAUUUUUAUCCACAGCCUUAUAAGAUAAAGAUGUGCUCUUGAAAAUCAGAUGAUUUUCAGGACCAAGGUCAAGAGUCAAGUGGGAAAGCACAUGCCAUGAGACCGUGGGUUUCUAUCUCCCGCAUCAAUUAGCCUGAAGAGCACCUCUAGAUGCCCCCUGAGCAUCACCAAGAGUAACGGUGACUCACAAACACUGUCAAAUCUGGCUCUCACAACAUGAAAAAUCAAUCAACAGAUAAACAAGUUGCUUCAAGGUGAAAGAGUUUGAAAAGGACUUCUUAGAGUGUGAUUAUAAACUAAAGCCACUGUGGCCCAGGUUUUGCAUUGUGAUAAUAAAAGGAAAUAUAGACACUUGAAUUAUGUGGACAGCAUCAAAGGAGAUAAUGCUCUUGAGUAUUGUCUGUUGCCUCUACUGAUACAUUAAUACUGAAGAGGGAAAAGGCAAUUACAUUCCACGUGCCGGUAGAGAUUGUGCUUGUGUCUUUGAACAGGAGAAAAUAUGACAUUUGUGACAGCUUACGCUUUGUGGAUCUAUGACUUUGGAAAAGCUAUAUUGCUCCAUAAGGGAAUUUGAAGAGAGUCUAUGAGAGGGGUGGGGAGGAGUGUUAUAUUUUUUCAGUUAAAAUCAGUAUAUUUAAAUUUGUACCCUAUGUUUGUAAAUAAUUCCACCGACCCUAUCUCUGAACUUGGAUGACACGACUGAGUCUUAAUGGAUUAAAUACAUAAUAUAAAAGUAGGAACAAAAUACAGUUCCUCAUGUAUUUAUUAUGUUUCAUUGAUGAUAUUACUCCAAAAAGCUUGUAUUUGCCACUGGUGGCUGUGUAAUGCUAGAUUAUAAUGAAAUUUUAUGUAAAUAUCUUGCAAAUGAUUGGGCAUUCUCAAGUGCAUAAACAUUUUUAAGUGUGUCUAUGUCCAAAGAUAUUAUUGGGAUACCAGUAGCUCUGUUAUCUCUUUUCCUAUACAAGUGUAUCUUAUCUAAGUUUAUAGUAGCCAUAACAUGAUUUUUAAACUAAAUCUAUGACAAGGGGCGAUCCAGGGAUGGCUCAGUGGUAGAGCACUUACCAUCUAAGCAUGAAGCUGAUGAUGGGAUUGCCAGCACCACACCACAUGCUCAGUCCGUUCCACAUGACUCUGCCUUUUGUGAUCCCUGGCAUCCCAACAGAAAUGGGACAUCUCCAGCUCACACAGCAAAUUGUGUGCUAGCAGCAAAACUAAAGUGUGAGAUCUCCAGCCAGCGUGGAAGUGUCUGACUAUGGCAGAGUAAUGAAGGGACAUCACAAAUGUGUGGAAUCCUGAUUGCCACAAUGACAACAGAAAAUGAAAAUCAAAGGAGGGGAAAACAAAACAGCAAAAGCUAAAAAAAAACUGUGGAAAAAUUUUUAAAUGCGUUUUAUUCUAGUAUCGAGGACUUUCUGGAACUGUUUUAAGUUAAAAAAAAUCCAAUUUCUUUAUUUUACAAGGACUUUCCGGAAGAGAUCUCACGAUUACAAAGUUUUUUAGGCACCAUGGUGCCUAAAAUGUUUGUUAAAGGAUUGAGGAAGCAGCACUGAAGGGUUAAUUCAGUAAAUGAAAUUACCAAAUAUGAAAAUACCUCAACUUCACUAUCAGGCAAAAUAUAAAACUAUUUUGAUUGACCAGUACCAUAGUGUGAAUAUCCACUUUCUUUAAAUACUCUAUUUUUAUAUAUAUAUUUUAUAUAAAAUAAACAUGAAUUUAUAUUUAACUGUUUUAAAUUAUAUUUAAACAUGACUAUCACUCAUCAUAAGCAGUACAGAUCUGCAUAUGACAGAGGAUGAAUUUUUUAAAUUGCACACAACUGACAUUUGAAAAGAAAGAUCUUUCUAAUAUCUGUAGCUGUACUCAUGCAUAAUUUCCAGGUGUUCGGUGAUUUGUGAGUGACAUGAAAUAUUGCCAAUUCACAUGGCUUCUUUUUGGUUUCUUAAUGUGUUAUAUACAUACUCCAUACGAAGAUUAUAGUCAGUAGGGUGUUUCUUAUAAUUUACUGUCAACCUAGCUGUAAUAACCACCUGACUGAGGUUUGUCUGGCAUUUACCUCUACACCAUUUAAAUAAUAAUAAAUUUUAGAAACAACUGUAAAAAUAUUAUUAAUAAAUGUAUUACUAGCAAUGGU